AUGGAGUACGGGCCUGUGCGCAGCAAGAUGUCAGACCGCGCACGUGCAAUGUGUGCAGCAGCCAACGCAGCGGUUGCAGAGCAUGACCGCGUGGACAAGCUCUUCAAAAGGUCCUGUCAUGAUGUGGAUGCUCACCUGUUUGCAGAUGUGGAGGGCUUUCCACUGAACGCUGUGGGUGAUCUGGUGUGGUUUGACCUGGAUGAGAGGAGUAAGAUCGAGCGGUUAAUUGUCAGGCUUCUGCGUUACGACAAGGCGCACAGUGGCGGCAGAGCCCCUGAUGUGUGGCAUUGCUUACUGUCGAGCGUGUACCCCUUUAUGACCUCCUGGGGCAUUGACAAGAUGCUCCUGGCCUUAGUCCUCAGGACGCUCCACAAUCGGGCAAAGGGGCGAUGUUGGGUGCAAUAUAUUGAAUACGCGUGCGGGCGAGGCAACCUGAGCAAAGCAGCACUUCGGCGGGGGCUGCGAGGGGUCAGCUUCGACAAAAUCUACAGCAGCUCACAUGACGUCCUUACCAUCGCUGGUCUGCGCCUUUGGCUACUGGCGUUAGCAGCAUCCCUGCCAAAGUGCCUUGUGUGGCAUGGCACCCAAUGCUCCAGCUUUGUGACGCUAUCGCUUUCACAGUCCUUACGUUACAAAGAGAACGACUGGUUGGGUGAUCAAGACAAACUCUUUGUGAAAGUUGGCAACAUGCUUGCUGACAUCACAGGGUUGACCAUGUGCCUGGCCUUCCUGAUGGACGGGGUGGAGGUUUUGGAACAGCCCCUCAAUUCCCGCAUGCCACUCACACCCUGUCUUCGGGCUGCCUUGGUCUUCACCUGUGCGCAGAAGAUAACGACUUAUCACAGCUGCUUCGGGGGCGAAACAUUAAAGCCGUUGCAACUGUGGUCAAGCUGCUCCAUGAUGACAGCCCUAGCGCGGGACAGGCCUAUUGUGAUGCGCAGUGACGCUGUCCUGGCUCGCCGGGAUAAGAACGGAGGUUUCACGGGUGUGAAGCACCUUCUGCUUGAGUCGCAGGCAUACACUUUGCAAUUCGGGGAUGCAGUUAUUUCAGCGCUGCUGUCCAGCAGUAGCUGAGUUGGCUGCCAGACUGUCAGAAGCAGGGGUG